CAUCACUACAACUAUCACCGUCAACGUCACGGUUAAACAACCCAUACUAUAUUCCGAGUACAAUUUGACAACAGCGGAAUACACUCCUCAGUUAUAUACCUUACUCACCUUCAAUACAAUCACUCACCCACCACCAGAAUGACAAGCGCAACAACAUCAACAACCACCACCCCACCCUUCCAAUUCCCCCUCACCUACUCCUUCCCAGCCUUCUUCACCCCCCAACCCAACAGCACGACACGCACCUCCCAACUCCAGAAAUGGUCUUCCCUGAUUCAAUCCUGGUGUCGGCACCAUCGCGUCUACCGACUAUCGUUAAUCGAAGCCAUCGAGUCCCCGUUAUUUCAUAAUGCGACGCUCCGGAAGCGCAUAUCCAUGAGCGAUGCGCGGGAUAUUCUAGACUGGAUGGCGAAGAGUGAAGAGGAAGGGGGUGGAGGUAGGAGAGCGGAGUGGAUCGAUGGUGGGAGUAAGAGUGUGGCGUGGAUUUGGUGGAAGAGGCCGGAGGAGUGGGCUGGGUUGAUUGCGGAUUGGGUGGAAAGCACAGGCCAGAAGAAUGUGGUGCUUACGGUUUAUGAGUUGUUGGAAGGGGAGGCUACGAUGUCGCAGGAAUGGCAUGCGAUGGAUCCCGAUGUGAUGCACAAGUCCCUCAACGUUCUCGUGAAACGGGGCAAGGCGCAGGUCUUCGGUAGCGAAGGCCAGGAGGGUGUCAAGUUUUUCUAAGGACUGGGUACGUCGUCUGGCCUAAAUACAGCAUGCGGUUCGCUCGUGGCUCCAUUCGGAAUCAAUGUCCUUUGGCGACGCUGAGAAUACGGCAACUAUCUUCAUGAUAAAGUA